CUUUUCGCUCUAUAUACUCAUCGCCUUCUGUUUUUCAGGCAUUUGGAAUGGAGCUGAAUCUGUCGAAGAAUGUGAUAUCCUGUGGGGACCCAGGUGGCAUGAAUUUGGACAGAAUCUCGGAGGCCGUGAGAACCGCGCCGCCCCGUGACGUGGCCGCCGCGUUUCAUUUACAGAGACCUUCUGAGGGCAGCCGGGAAACGUUAGAGAACUCAAGCAGCGAGUCCUCAGACGCAGAGCUGGCAGAAAAGGAGAGGAGCGCUGAGCACAGGAGCGAUGACGGAAGCGCGGAUGACCCCAAGAAGAAGAAACAGCGACGGCAGCGGACCCACUUCACCAGCCAGCAGCUGCAGGAACUGGAGGCUACCUUUCAGAGGAACCGCUACCCGGACAUGAGCACCAGGGAGGAGAUCGCCGUGUGGACCAACCUGACCGAAGCCAGAGUGCGGGUGUGGUUUAAAAACCGCCGGGCCAAGUGGAGGAAGCGGGAGCGCAACCAGCAGAUGGACCUGUGCAAGAACAGCUACCUGCCGCAGUUCAGCGGCCUCAUGCAGCCCUAUGACGACAUGUACCCUGCUUACACUUACAAUAACUGGACCAACAAGGGCCUGACCCCGGCGCCGUUAUCCACCAAGAACUUCACCUUCUUCAACUCAAUGAGCCCGCUUACUUCCCAGUCCAUGUUUUCCGCUCCUAACUCCAUCUCCUCCAUGAGCAUGGCCUCUGGGAUGGGCCACUCCGCCGUGCCCGGCAUGUCGGCCCCGGGCCUCAACAACAUCAGCAACCUGAAUGGCAUCGGUACCUCCGGUAUCAACUCGGCCAUGUCCUCUUCGGCGUGUCCGUAUGGCCCCCCCGGCUCGCCGUACAGCGUUUACCGGGACACUUGUAACUCCAGCCUGGCCACUCUAAGACUCAAGUCCAAACAGCAUCCCACGUUCGGAUACAGCGGGCUGCAGAGCCCCGGCUCCAGCCUCAAUGCCUGUCAGUACAACAGCUGACGGAGCCAACGGGGCCCCUAAAUGUUACACAACCGCAUGUUCGAAAUGAUGGGCAACGGACAACUAAACUGGAACAACUUGCGAUCAUUUUUUCGUAAAAGAGAAAAAAUGGAUUUUGCGGGUUACAUGUUUACUAAUGAACUUGAACAGCAAUUCAAACAUCCAGCUUUUUGGAUCUAAAAAUGAAGAGGUGUCACAUUGCUGCAAUGUAUAUAUUUAAAUGUAAAUAUAUAUACAGGUCUAAAAUAAGUAAAAAAAAAA